AUGUCAAUCGCGAUCCAAGAAUAUUGUUUUUGGAGCGCAGUACAUGACGAAAACAGCUCAGAGGUCGUUGCCUGUCAGCGGACCACAAGGCAUUCUGCUGAGCAGGCACAGUGGUCCCAAUUGCUAAAAUUUCGAUCACCGGAAAGUGGGAGGGUUGACAUACAGCCAAGUCUUGGAGGCGAUGGCAUGUUUGGGAGGCGACAGUUGUCGACGCGACUAAGUUUACUGUCAUACAUUGUCCAUCUCUCGGUCACUUCCACUCAGUUCAGAGCUGGGCUGAAGCAGCUUUGCGAAGCAGAUGGGCUUCUGGUGUGCUGCCUACAUGUCCGAACCAGCGUAACCUAUGAGGCCUGUAAGGAGGCGAGAUGGCUCAAGGGGCUAGAGCACGAAUUUACUGACCGGAAGGUCUGUGGUUCGAACCCGACCUCUGCCUCCCAACUUCCCCUGUCAAGGCUUGGGCAACCUGGCAGUAUCCCAGCCCUCGUGCAACCUUCGGGUGGCAUGGCAGUUAGGCACCGAAAGGGUGCGACAGCUGAACGAUUCAGCUGUGUUCCAGGUGGGUUUCCCCUAAUAAGCAAAUUUGUAUGCAGCCACUGCGGAUUCAAAGAAUACGGUAUCCGAACAGAGUCAUUUAUCGACAAAUACACUCAUUUGCAAAUCACUUUGGGGUUUACCGCAGACUCAAGUGAAUCCCUCGUUUAUGAUGUUCUUCAACUGAAUGUGCUGCAGACAGGCCGCCACAGUUUCGUACAGCUUGGGUCCAAGUAG